AUGGAUAACGUUCCUUCAAUCAUAGACUCCACAUUAUCACCAUCACAAGGAUGGGUUCGUAUUGAGUUAGAACCGGUAAAUAUUCCAUUAGAGCAGGAUGAUUCCAUACUUUUAUCAACCGUACAAUCAGUUAUACCUGGUGCACAUGGCCUAUACUACAAGGAUGACAAUUGCAAGAAAGCCUUAAAAUACAAUGGUACAACUGGUUGUAUAUUAAAAGGUCCACCAGGUUGGAAUUCUAAACCAAUUUAUGUUGUACUUGCACAUGGUUGUCGUCAUUUUAGCAGUAGCAGUAGUGAACAAUAUGCUAAUGCUACGGAACGAUUUGAAAAAACUGUUAAUUUGGUACAACGUAUGUUAGGUAAAUCUGAUCAACAAAUAUUGCCUCAAUCACACAAAAAGGAUACUUCGAUCAGAUUAACAGAGUGUAGUCAUAGUGAUAGCAAAUUAUCAUCGCUUGAGGCGCAAAUAUCGCUUGAGGCGCAAAUUGCUAAUGAAAGUGGAGUUGACAGUGAAGGACGAAACAAUGGAUCUUUUAUCAGUGAAAAGUGCUCAAAAACAUCAACUGAUAUCCAGAAAUUUGAUAUGGAAAAUAAUAUUUCAAAUCAAAGUCCAUUAAUGAAUGGAAUCGGAAAGGUAAGAACGAGUAAUUUCUCGUCACGUCACGAAGAACAAAAUGAUAAUUUAAUCGAGAAAUUAAAACAACAAAGGAAAAAAAUCAAAGAAUUGGAAAUAAUGCUGGAUGAUGAAAGAAAUAAAGCACAAUUAUUAGUGAACCUCAACGCGGAAUUAAACAACAAAUUAAAAUGUCAAACAUUUAAUCAACAACAAUCAAAAAUUGAAAGCGAUAGAAUGCAACAACAGUCAUCGAGAAAUGAUUUAGACGAGAAAAAUGACGAGAUUGAUAAAUUAAAUAAACAGAUUGAUGAUUUGAAAUGGAGUCUUGGUGAAUAUAAACAAUGGUUAAAUGAUGCAAAUGAAAGGAUAUAUCAAUUGGUAAAUGCAUGCAAAGAGAAAGAUGACAUUAUUGAUGACGUGACGCAUCGAUUUCAUGACGUGGAAAGACGUCUUCUUGACGUGCCAACUGAUCAAAGUAUUGAAAAUUUGAAUUCAUUAAUAAAUGAAAUGCGGAAAGAAAUUAACGACAAAAAUGAUUGCAUUAAUCAGUUGGAAAAAGCUAAAAGUGAUGCGCAAUGGUACCUUGGCGAACAUCAACAUUGGCUACAAGAUGCUAAUGCCAGAAUUGAAAUUCUUGAAAAUGAGAAAUUGGAUGGAUGGCAAAAAGUUUGUCAAUUAGAGGAAAUGCUUAAUGAAGCUAGAAAUGCUAUUGUUAUACCUAGUGAUAAUAACAGUGAAAUAAAAGCAAAAUUGGAAGAAAUGCAACAAAAUAUAAAAGAUAAAAUUUAUGAAUGUGAGAAAUUAAACGAACAAAAUAAUGAAAUGAAAAAUAGUAUCGAAGAAUACAAAGUUUGUUUGGAAAAUGCUACAAAAAGAAUUACUUAUCUGGAAGAUGAAGAAAUGGAAAAAGAUCGCUUAAUCUUAGCUAUUAGUAAAGAAUUAGUUGAAUUAAAAGAAGUACGAAUUGAUACUUUCCAACAGUUACAUGAAAAAAUCGACAGUUUGGAGUAUUGUUUGAAUAAAAAAGAACAGCAAAUAAUUGAAAAUGAAUCAAACAAUGAUGACAAUGAGUAUAAAAAGGCUAAAUGGUCACUGCGAGAUUUGGAUGAGAAUAUUUUCGAUGUGGACAAUGGUCAUUUCAAUGAUUCAACAGAAUCGAAUAAAAAUGCUAAUUGGACAUUUGCUGAAUAUAAGCAUUGGUUACAGAAUUUGAAAAAAAGAGUGAAAGAACUUGAAAAUGCUUUACAACGAAUUACAAAUGAGAAAGAUGCAGCAAUAGAAAAACUUCAUGAAUUUGAACUAAAUGAACCUAAUAUGGAUGAAUUAAAGAAAGGAAUAUGGGAAAAAGAACAACAAAUUAUACAAUUGGAAAAAGAUUUCAAUGAGAAACAAAAUGAACUUAAUUUAUUUGGUUUAAGAAUUGAGAAUUUAAUGGAUGAAUUAAAUGAUGCAAAGGAAAAUUCAAAAAAUUAUGAGCAAAAAUGGAUGGAUACAGAAUGGAUUUUAGGUGAACAUCGCCAAUGGCUUACAGAUGCUAAAAAAAAAAUUGAUGAACUUGAAAAUAAAUUGCAAAUAAUUGGUGAAGAAAAUAGUAGUUUACGAGAAGAAAUUGAAAAAUUAAAUUAUAAUAUUAGAAUAUCGACGGAAGCUAUUGAAGGUUUGCAAAAAGAAAUUGAUGAUAAAAAUGUGACACUUAAUGAUAUUUCAAAAGAGAAAAUUAAUUUUGAAUGGAAUUUCAAUGAAAAACAACAACAAUUAAAGGAUGCUAAUAAUAGAAUCGAUGAAUUAGAAUCUAUUUUGACUGAAAAGAAUCAUUUGAUCGAUGAAUUGAAGAAAUGCAAUGAGGAACAAAUGAUAGUUUUGCAUGAAAAACUUCAAAAUGCUGAGAAAGCUUUUUCUAAUGCACCAUGUGAAGAUAAUAAGCUAAAUGAGCUUAGCUCAGUGGUUGAUUGUUUACAAAAUGAAUUAAAUGGCAAAAAUGAAUUUAUCAAAAGUUUAACGAAAGAAUGCAAUGAUAAGGAAUGGAGUUUAGGUGAAUACCGUCAAUGGCUUCAUGACUCUAAAAAUAGAGUACAAGAUCUCGAGAAAGAAUUAUGUAAAUGUAAUGAUUAUGUCGAGAAAUUAAAACAAGAAAUCGAGAAUCGAAAUACUGAUACUAGCAAUUAUCUUGCAACAAUUAAUGGUUUAAAUGAUGAAUUUUGCGCCAAAAAUGUUUGCAUUGCAAAUCUCGAGAAAGCAAAAAAUGAUUUGGAAUUAAGCCUUGGCGAACAUCAACAAUGGCUUCAAAAUGCUAAUCAAAGAAUUGUUCAACUUGAAGAAUGUAAAAUAGCAAACGAUGCGAUGAAUAAAGAAUUGCACAAUGAAGUGGACAAAUUAUCCAAAAUGGUAGUUCUCGAUCUUAAAGCAGCGCUUGAGGCGGUAAAAGAAGAAGCGCAACAGGUAUCAAUUGAAUCAAUUGAUGAAUUAAUGGUUAAACUUCAGAACACUGAACAAGCAUUAGCUGAACAUCCGAAAUUGGAUGAUCUAAUUUAUCUGAAGAAUGAGAAUGAAAAUUUGCGAGAACUGCUGAAUGAUAAGAAUGCAUGCAUUGAUAAUCUUGUGCAGCAGAACAAUGAUCGAGAAUGGAGUCUCGGUGAGCAUCGACAAUGGCUUCGAGAUUGCAAUGAUAGAGCUAAUUGGUUAGAUGGUAUUGUGGUAGCAAAGAAUGCAGAAAUUGAUGAAUUAAGGUGCGAAAAUAAUAGUCUUAAAAUUGAUUUAACUAAAAUAUCACAAAAUGAUGAUAUUAACAAAUUAAAUGCUACGAUAGAAGAUUUGCGCAAUGAAAUUAAUAAUAAAAAUAAACAUAUCGAUGAAAUUAUAAAACAAAGAAAUGAAACAGAAUGGAAACUUGGAGAGCACUGUCAAUUGCUUCAGGAUGCUAAUAAUAGAGCUAAUGAGUUAGCUGAAAAAUUAGCUGAAAAGGAAGAAAUUUUAAAUUCAUUCCUUGAAAAGCAACCAGAAAUAGUAGAAGAAAAAUGUGAUAAAAUCAAUGCAAUACCAAUUGAAGCAGAAUUAAUAAACACUGAUAAGAACGAAUCGGAAUCAAUGGAAAUUGAUAAAAGCAAGUUAUUUGAAAAAAUAUUUGAAUUAGAGAAGAAAUUGCUCGAAGCAGAGGAACUAGCAGCAGAAGUAUAUGACAGUAAUCAUUUAAAAAUAACAAUUAGUGAGCAUGAAGCAACAAUAGCUAAAUUAAAAGAUGAUCUGAAACAAAAAGACGCUGAUCUCGUACGUGUAUGUAAGGAACGAUGUGACGCUGAAUGGUUUCUUGGUGAAGAGCGGCAACGUACAAAGGAUGCUAAUGAACGAAUUGCAUCACUUGAAGCGGAAUUGACGUGCGUGAAAGUAAAACACGAUGAUAUAGUUUACAAUUUAAGUAAUGAAGUAUUCGAAUUAAAUGAAAAAAAUAAGAAAUUGAACGAAACUUUAAUAAAAACUAAAAUUGUAAUAAGAAAUUUAUCGAAAGAUUCACAAACGACAAUGCUUCUUUUGGGACAAACUAAAGAAAUGGAAAAUUUAGAGGAAGAAUUUAAGCAGUUAUGUAAAAAAUAUGCACAAUUAAGUGCUCUACUUGCAACCAUUCAAGAAUAUUUGGAAAAAAUUGAACCGGAAGUUUCAGAAGUGGUGAAUUUCCGGAAAAUAAUCGAAAAUUUGAAUAACGAAUUUCAUCAACAAAAAGUGGAAAAUGAAAAUUUAUUGAAACAAAAAAAUGAUAUCGAAUUGCAACUUAGCGAGCAUUGUGAAUGGCUUCGCAAUGCUAAUAAUCGGAUAGCCAUUUUAGAGGAUGAAUUAACACAUUUAAAAGAGGUCAAUGAGAGAACAAUUGAAAUUUUACGUAUGGAAAAUGAAGCGCUAAAUCAAAAGAAUAUACAAUUAAAAGAAAAUGUAAAACAUUUACAAGAUGAAAUUCAAAAUGCUCUAAUAAAUGGAAAAAAAGAAAUUGAAUUGCAAAAUUAUUGUGAAUGCAAAGAAAUUCCAAGUUUAAAUCGUAUUGAAAGUAUUGGUAUUGAUCUCAGCUCAAUAAAUUGUUCAUUGGAAAAUCUAUGCAAAGAAUUAAAUUAUCAAAAAAUUAUUGACGCACUUAUGGAGCAACGUAGUAAAACUGAGCAAUUAUUAAAUGAAAGAAAAGAAUCAAUAAUGGAUGCAUGCAAUGAAAUUAUCGAAUUGGAAAAACAAAUUUUAGAAAAUACAUUGGAAAAACAAUUGGAAACGAUCGAAAUUGUUAAAGAAUUUGAUAAUGCUGAUGAUGGUGAUAAGAAUGCUGAAAUUGAAAAUUUGAUAAGAUUAAAAUCUGAAUUGGAACAAAACCUGAAAGAAGCCAAUGUCAGAAACGAAGAGAUGUCGGCAUUGCUUGAUAAAAAAGAACAAACAAUUGAUGCAAUCAUUAAUGAAAAGAAAGCAAUUGAAGUAGAACGUAAUUGUUUACAACAACAAGUUGAUAAUCUAAAACAACAAUGUUAUAACCUUUCACCUUUUGCAACCAAUAUUUCUCAUAAGGGUGAAAAUGAGACCGAAUUAAUGAUUCGAUUAUAUGAAAAGGAUGAUCAAUUGCAACAGUUUACCACUGAAAUAGCUGAGAAAGUAGAAGAAAUUACAAAUUUGCAUCAAGUAAUCAAAGAUUUAAGAGAUGUAAUCGGUGAAAAGAAUCGAAUAAUUGAUGAUUUGAAUAGGAUAACAAGUGAGAAAGAAUGGAAUCUCGGAGAGUAUCGACAAUGGCUUACUGAUGCUAAUAAUAAAAUAGAUAUUCUUGAAAGAGAAUUAAGCGAUGCUCGACAUGGAGCAAAGUUAAAUAAAAUUGAACUUGACAAGCUGACCAGUGAAAUAGAUGAGAAAAAUGCGAAAAUUUCACAGCUUCAUAAUAAAAUUGCUAAACUGGAAUCAGAUGCUAUUAAUGUUCAGUACGAGAAAGAAUUACUACCAAAUGAGGAUUUCUCAUCAAAAUUAUCAGUAUUACAUGAGAAACUUUCAAAUAUGGAAGAAUAUGUGCAAUUUCAGGAAGAAGAAUUACGACGAUUGAAAGAGGAACACGCACAAACGUUAGCAAAUCAACAAAAUGACGUAUCGCCAACAAGCACUGCCAUUCAAUCUCAUGGAAUUGGUGGUAAUCAGAUAAUGUCGGAGGAAUAUAAUGAAUUAUCCUCGGAGUUAAUUAUUUUAAAUCGUAAAAAAUAUGAAUUAGAAGAAAAGGUGAAACGAUUAGAAAAUGAAUUACAAAGUUCAUAUGAAAAGGUCAAAGGGCAUGAAGAUGAGCAACGUCGAACAGGUGAAGAGAUAUGGCUUGCUAAGGAACGUGUUGCAAAUCAGGAACGUGAAUUGCAAGAUUUACACGGACAGUGCACGUGGUUACGUGAUGAAAAUGCACGACUUCAAAGUGAAUUAACUGACGCACGUAAAAAGCAUACUGAAAAUGGUGGUAUUGAUUGGUCGAAAUUUGAUGAAAUGAAAAAAAUUGAGGAAACAUUGAGAGAUGAAAAAAGUAAGGUGGAAUGGCGAUUAGGUGAAGUAACACAAUAUUGGAAUGAUGCAAAAUGGAAAAUUGGUGAAUUAGAAGCUGGUAUGGCACAUAAAGAAUGGUUAUUGGAUCAAGCAAAUCAAAAAAUAUUUGAAUUAGAUCAAAUGUAUCGAUUUCGUGAUACCACAAAAAAUUUCUUAGAUGGUACAUUUUUAAUUAAAAAACAACCCAGUGGUGAUCGAUAUAAAUGGCGUUUAGCAAUGUGGAAUGAAAGUUCACCAAAUGAUUUGAAAGAUUAUCGUCGAAUAUGGUUUGAAAUUAGAGCACCAACAGCUAAAAUUGUCUUAUUAAGUGCAAGUUUUGUUAGUUGGGAAUGUUUUCUUCUAUGUCAACAAUUGGACAACGAUUGUAAUCGAUUUGGUGUUUGGAUUGAUAUACCACCUGGACGAUAUGAAUUUUUGUUUAUUGUUGAUGGACAAUGGACAAUAAGUGAUAACUAUGAAAUUUGUUGGAAUGAGCAUGGAACGCAUAAUAAUUGGCGAAAUGUUGAUUAA